CUUCUUGCUGUAAUUUCCUGCUAACUUGUCUAUUCUAUAUACACGCAUUGCAUCCAUUUGUAUCAACCGUGCGUGUGAUAAACUUCUUACUAGGUUCAAGAUUUGGGUACAGCAAUGCUCCGAGUGGUCCACGAGGGGAUUACUGCAGAACCCUUAUACAUAUUUGGUGCCCACCGUUGUGGUCUUUCGGCCGUGGUCGAAAGUGAGGGGUAAAAGCAAGACCAGCGGUACCGAUGCAUCCAAAGUGCAAAGGCCACAUUCGUGGAAGACAAAACAAAUUCUUUUCAACCCAAGAAUUAGGGAGGCCUCCCCACACUUCUUCAUGCUAUGCCAAAUACACCUGCGCCUAGCAAAGGCUUUCGAAUAGCGCGUCGUGGUGGUGUACGAGAAAGACGAAGAGCCCAUCCUGAUCUUUUCAGAUUCAGGGAAUUCAAAAACAGUCUAGACAUGCUCAAGAGAUUAUUCUGGAUCCUGACCGCCAUCACGAGAUAUCUUCGCACCAUUCGAGCUUACGCCUCUCGCACAUUCGAAGAUCACCACGCCAAACCAAAAGCCCCAACGAUGUCAGCACCGAAGACUAGCCCAUCGUUCCUGGAUUUUCCACCAGAGAUUCGAAACAGAAUCUAUACUUUUGCAACUUACCCCAUAUCUGGAGAGAGAUGCUUAGUCGCUCCAUGCAUGGCGCUCGUCCGUACUUGCAAGCAAAUUUGCCACGAGUACCGACCGAUCUGUAUGAAGGCUGAUGUCACAAUCGACUGGAGAGACGUUCCGCGAUACUUGCUGAAGUACUACACCAGUCAUGAUGGGACUUCAGCCCACACCGAUCUCGCUCCCGCACGCAUGACCAUCAUCACGAAUGCUUCUCUGAGGGGAAAUAAACCUGUCGAGAUCGAUCUCCUACCGAUUUUGAAGUUUCGCCUCGCCAACACGAACUUCGAGUGCGCGUUCAUAAGAUCCGGAGAUGAAGAGAGCAAAGGCUGUGCUUGCGUACAAAACGUACCGGAGAUCACCAGAGAUGAUCUGAACACUUUGCUGGCAGCUGAUCGCACGACGCUGCAGAAGCUGCUCGCGCACCAGAAUGAAAGUUGGGUGGAGGACAUAACUCAAAGCCGGAUCCACAAGCUCAUAGCGUCCCAUAUUGGUACCAACUGCUGUCCAAACCUAAGGUUCUACAUUGGGCCGGGAGAAGAACAAAGCGUCUCGCCUGAGUUUGCAAACAUUGCUAAGGACAAGGGGGCCGCGCUGUUGGCAGAGGACAGCGGUCCACGCCAAGUUACUGCAAGUCAUUGGACGCUCACCUUCUCGAGGAACUUCGACGACUACAUGGAUCGUAUUAAGCUCCGAACUGCCUUCACUGAUAACCAGUACGGCUUUGUACCGGAGUUCAAGUGGAGCCCGGUAAAGGCCAUGCGGAAGGAGGGUAUAAAGUCAAUCGCUGCCGCUUAUGGUCAUGGCCCCGAAGAGAAUUCUGAUAGUGGUGGGCCCGUUGGUUGAGAUCGAUGGAAGUGGCCGUUCACUGCACGUAUGUUGGUAUUGUGAGGACUUAUGAGCUUUCCUCAAGGACUAUCAGCAACCGGUAUUGAAGACCGUCCAGACUAUAUUCCGGCAUCUAGGAAUGAUGAAGCAAUGACAGUCUUGUAUCUUUGAUUG